AUGAAGGUUCUGAUGAUCAAGCGCCACUCGAGAGCUCGGUUCAUGGCCAACACCUACGUUUUCCCAGGAGGUUGCGUGGACGACGCUGAUCUGGAGCAUGCCUCAAAGCUCCACUCGUCAGAGACCUUGGCCGAAUACCGCGUAGCUGCCCUUCGCGAGCUAUGGGAAGAGACUGGUGUCCACUUUGAUGCCGAUGGAACUGCAGGCGUGGGGUCCGCCUCACCAGCCCUAGGUGUGGCCCAAGUCGCUCGGCUCACGCCGUUUGCGCACUGGGUGACCCCGAAGCAGGAGAAGUACCGCUACGACACCCGGUUCUUUCUGACCCAAGCGGCCAACUCUGCCGCUGCCUCGCUGGCUGUCAGAGGCGAUCCGAAGGAACUGAUCUAUGCUAUUCCAUCAGAGCAGGUGGGCAUUGGAGCCGACGAUGCCAAAGCAAGCGCCAGGGCAGCUAUGACAUUGAAUCGCAGCAGCCUCAACGAGAUAUGUGGCAAGCUCUUCUUUGUGAAAGCUGCAGCCACAGGUGGUAGCUUUGCCCGCUUGCUGCUCUCAUCUGUGGACCACGGAAGAGAUGAUAUCCUUUUGGCCAUAUGCCGCCUGUACUUUGCUCCGUCAGAUGGCACAGCAGAGGCUGAAUGCGACCCGCCGCAGGAGGUGCUACAAACUCUGGCCUUUGCCACGCCGCUGGCAGAACGCUUGUUCCCAACAUUCAGAGGGCUGAUGAGGAAUCGGAGUGCCCAGGACGUGUUCGAAACGCUCGGUCCGCCAAUGCUGGCAGCGCCAGAGGCGAUCAGACUCAGAGUUUUCUGCUCGGUUUAUGCUCUGCAGCUGCAACCGAUGUACGACUACGAGUUCUUUGGAGCUGCCAACCCUCUGAGACUUGACGAGGUACGGGAGCUACUCCCCUUCCUCAACCGUCUCACCUAUCACUUCGUGACCACGAUGCCGGACCAGGCGGCGUUGCUGCCUGCAGCUAGAGCACUCCGCACCAGUCUCACUUCUUUGAUCUGCCUGCUGUACCACCGGCAUCGGCGAAAAGCGAUCUUGGAGAAUGACAGCGCAUGGAUCAUUCCAGAGUCCCGUGCGCUGUUGCGCCGUGCUCCUUCCGCCAUCAACUUGGGAGUAGAUGCCCCGGAUGAAGCAAUGGAGCCGGCAGAUGACGAGGACGAGGCCAUGGAGAUUGAUGAUGAAGGGCCGCAGUCGCAGGCACCGGAGCGAAGCAGCGUGCCCAGUGCUAGUGCGACAUCCUCGCAGACCUUGGCUGAACGUGCAUUACAAGCGACACUGGCUGAGAUUCCUCAUGUCCUGCCUUUUGAGGACAGAGUCUCCGUGCUGCACAGCGCCAUCCUGGCCGAUCAGGAAGAGAGGCGUGCCUACCGUGGUCCUUGGGGCCCCUCUGCCAUGGAGAAACAUCAGAUUCGUCGAAAUUUCCUUGUGGAGGAUGGUAUAGCUGCCUUUGAAGGCCUGGAUGAUGAACAGGGCCUUCGCGACACGUUUCGAGUCGAGUUCAUCGCGCCAGACGGCACUCCGGAAAGCGGAGUGGACGGAGGUGGACUGUUCAAGGAGUUUAUGGUGCAUAUCUGCCGUGAGAUGUUUGAUCCGGAGUUCGGCCUUUUCAGCGCGACGUCUGAUCACACCCUCUACCCUGCCACUUCAGCCUUCGCGAAGUACUGGCAAGCUGCUGACUUGUACACAUUUCUUGGCAAAGUCGUGGGAAAGGCGAUAUACGAGAUGUUCCUGCUGGAACCGCAGUUCAGCAGGGUUUUCGUAAAUCGGUUACUCGGACGUGUGAACGAGGUGGACGAUGUGGCUUCCUUGGACAAGGAAUUGCACAAAAACAUGUUGCAGAUCAAGGAAUGCCCAGAUGUCGAGGGGCUUGGCAUUACGUUCAGCAUCUCUGUCACCGAGAAAGGCGUGCACAAGGACAUCGAUCUCAUUCCUGGUGGCAGUGAUAUUCCUGUCACGCGCGAGAAUCUGACACGCUACCUGCACCUGAUGGCCAACUUCAGGACGAACGUGCAGUUUCAGCGGCACACUACUGCCUUUCUGAGCGGGCUGCAGAAGGUGCUCCCUGUGGCUUGGUUAAAGAUGUUUGAUCCUUAUGAGCUCAACACUCUGAUCUCCGGUUCUACCGCCGGGUUUGACGUCAAGGAUCUACGUGCCAACACCGUCCUCUCCGGGGGCUAUCAGGACGACAGCCCAUGCGUUGUCUGGCUCUGGAAGCUUUUGCAAGAGGAUCUGGAGCCGGAGGACAUGAGCAAGUUUUUAAUGUUCUGCACGUCUUGCAGUCGCGCGCCGCUGUUGGGGUUUCAGAACUUGAACCCGAAGUUCUGUGUGCACCGCGUGCCAGAUUCAGAGCGACUUCCAACCAGUGCGACGUGUGCCAACUUGCUGAAGCUGCCGGACUAUGUCAGCUACGAGAGUUUGAAGUCUAAAGUCUUGCAAGCAAUCCGCGCAGAAGCUGGCUUUGAUUUGAGCUAG